AUAUUCUUGGAGUUGAGCUUGUAGCAUUGCAAGCUCAAGAAUGGACAGAAAGCAUGGAAAAUACAUAGUGAAUACUGAGCACACUGAAAACCAGCCACCAAUUAUGUGUUCAAAUGACCAAGAGGCUCACAGCUCUGCAUGCUGGCGUCCACCUUCAAAUGCCAUACCUGGUGAUGUCUCGGCCAACUUAUCUGGGGUCUGUGUGAGCCCAGGAGUCCUCCUACACUCAGGAUGUCCACACACAGAGUUAUCCAACACACAGGUGAAAGGAAAUUGCUGCAAUAACUGGUCUCUGUGGAAAGUCUUUUUGGUUUGUCUCUUAGCCUGUGUGAUAACAACAGCAAUUGGAGUACUCAUCGUGUGUCUGGUGAAUAAUAGAGGAAAUGACCAUUCUUCCAUUGUUAUCCAGCUACCCCAAAACAACGGGGAGCCUGUAGUUAUUGUUCCUGGAACAACCUCUACUACUUCUCAACCUACAGUGACCACCACUUCAACGGAACCUACAACCACAAUGGCCACAACCAUCACUUCAACGGAACCCACGACAACCACAGCGGCCACAACCGUCACUUCAGCGGAACCCAUGACUACCACGGUGGCCACAACCACCACUUCAGUGGAACCCACAACGACCACAACAGCCACAACUGCCACUUCAGCUGAACCCACGACGACCACGGUGGCCACAACUGCCACUUCAGGUGAACCCACGACGACCACGACAGCCACAACCACCACUUCAGCCGAACCCACGACAACCACAGCGGCCACAACCACCACUUCAGCGGAACCCUCAACUACCACAACGGCCACAACUGCCACUUCAGCUGAACCCAUGACGACCACGGUGGCCACAACUGCCACUUCAGGUGAACCCACGACAACCACGACAGCCACAACCUCUACUUCAGCGGAACCCACGACGACCACGACAGCCACAACCACCACUUCAGCGGAACCCACAACCACAGCAGUCACAACUACCACUUAA